AUGGCUACAAAGUUAUUGGUGUUAUUAGCCGUGGUGUCAACCGCGACAGCAGCCGUGAAGCUCCAAGAGAUGUUUUCAUGGAACGUGGUGGAUUGGAACUACCCCGACCUUUACUCAAGGCAGCAGGCCUUACAAUCUGGAGCCCUUAUUCAGGAAAACGCCCUUCCAGUGGGCAUCGAGCGAUGGAAGAACAAGCUCUUCGUUAGCGUACCUAGGUGGGAAGCGGGUAUACCCGCAACACUUAACUACAUACCUCUGGACGCGCCAUACGAUCCGUCACCGAAGUUGAACCCCUACCCAAGUUUUGCAGGCAACGAGUUGGGUAACUGCCAGAGCGGUCUGAACACCGUCUACAGAAUCAAAGCUGACAAAUGCGACCGUCUCUGGGUCUUAGAUGUAGGCACAUACGGAUAUGAUCCCAACGUUACCCAACUCUGCCCUUACACACUUAACGUGUACGACUUAAACACGGAUCAGCGCAUCCGGAGGUACGUUUUCCGCUCCGAAGAUAUUGUUGCUUCGACAUUCAUCGCUAAUAUCGCUCUCGACGAAGGUAAAACUUGUGACGACACUUUCGCCUACUUCUCCGACGAACUCGGAUACGGGCUCAUCGCCUACUCGUGGCAAGAAAACCGAUCAUGGAGAUUCAACCACGGAUUCUUUAUGCCCGACCCCCUCACUGGUGACUUCAACAUUGGCGGACUUAACUUCCAAUGGAGCGCCGAAGGAAUUUUCGGAAUCACAACUUCUCCUAUGGGUCCUGAUGGAUACAGAACGCUUUACUUCAGUCCUCUCGCCAGUCACACCCAAUUCGCAGUCUCCACUCGUAUAUUACGAGAUGAAACCAAAGUAAAGGGCUCUUACAAAGACUUCCACGUGGUCGGAACUAGAGGCGCCAACGGUCAUACCACCUCCAAAGUAAUGGACGAAAGCACAGGAGUCGAAUUGUACAACUUGAUUGACCAAAACGCCAUCGGAUGUUGGAGAGGAGACCUUCCAUACAAACCGCAGAACCACGCUGUAGUAGACAAGGAUGACGCUGGACUUAUUUUCCCAAGUGACGUGAAGAUCGAUGCCGAUCGCAACGUCUGGGUUAUUUCUGACCGUAUGCCAGUGUUCUUAGAGUCUACUUUGGAUUACAGUGAUAUAAACUUCAGAAUCUACACGGCUCCUUUGGACAUGUUGGUUCAAGAGACUGUGUGUCAGCCGCAGCAGUACUUUGAGACUGUGGACCCGGUUCGCGCUCCUCAACCGAAACUUAUUGCUCAGCCUCCUUUCACGUUCUACAACACUGGUUUGGGUGUGACCGCCAACCCCUUGUCUGGACCCGUCGCGUUAUACUCCCCUGUUACUUCUCCUCGGCCGCAGCUCAACUACAGCCCUGUCGGCUUGAAGAACGUCAUCCCUACAGUUCACACCUACUUCAGCUCUCCGAAACAAACCUCUCGCCCUUACUACGCUAGUCGAUCCAAGCCCAGUAAUGGCCAGCCUUGGUAUUAUGAAAAACGUACCUACGAUGUAUUCGAACACUAAAAGACCGAGUAAUUUGAAACAUGAAUAAGUUUAAAGAUGCUAUUUAAAACUAAGUUGUUUUGUAGAUUAAGAUCUAACAUACACUUAAAUAACGCUACCAAGUAGAUAUGUUAUUGUAUUUUAAUAUACAUUUACAUAUUUGCAUUAUUCAUGUUGUAGAACAUUAUCUAUUAUUUGAUAAUAGUUAAAUGUGUCUACCAAUAAAUACAUGUACAUAAACAUAUGUAAACAAACACACCGACACACAAACUAAUUCAGUUUGGACGACAUAGACAGGAGAAUACAGUUUUUAAUAACUUUACAUAUACAACGGACAUAAAUACUGUAAUAUUUAAAAUAACUUUAGGAGAUGAAUAUGAAUCUUAGACUUAAGUAACAAUUGCUGCUGUCCAUAUUGUAGUUUAGAUGUAAGUUAAAACAAUGUAUUACCUGUGAUUUAUGAAACAGGAAUAGUACCUAUACGACGUUGUUGAUUGACUAUUUAUUUUUUAUAAAUAAAUGUUUUUAUAUUA